AUGAACUCGAAAUGUAGCGAUAUUGGAGAGCUUAAAAAGCUUGUUGAAGAGGGUAAAAUAAAGUACAUAGGUUUAUCUGAGGCCUCUCCUUCAACAAUUAGAAGGGCCCAUGCUAUUCAUCCUAUAACAGCGGUGCAAUUGGAGUGGUCUUUGUGGUCCAGAGAUGUGGAGGAAGAAGUAAUUCCUACUUGCAGAGAACUUGGCAUCGGUAUCGUACCAUACAGCCCUCUGGGAAGAGGAUGUUUAUCAUCCGGUCCUAACCUUCUUGAGAAGUUAGAGGAAGGGGAUGCCCGAAAGUUCUUGCCAAGGUUGCAAGCAGAAAAUUUGGAGCAUAACAAGAAGCUGUUCGACCGGGGCAAUGAUGUUUGUCCGAUACCUGGCACAACCAAAAUUGAGAAUCUCAAGCAGAAUAUCAGAGCCUUAUCUGUAAAACUAUCGGCCGAAGACAUGGCCGAGCUCGAAUCCAUCGCUUCAGCUGAUGCUGUCAAGGGCGACAGAUAUGGUCCUGGGUUCAUUACUUGGCAAAGUUCUGAUACACCACCUUUGGCAACAUGGAAGAAUGGAUGA